AUGGCAGGGAUCGGUCCCAAGAAACAGUCCUAUCGACCGAUUCACAGCGAAGACACGGAUUCAGAGUCCUCUGACACGUCUAGGUUCAUUGAGCCCGAAUCUUGCCAGAAGUCCCAUCUUCGUCUCAUUGCUCCAUGGAUAGCUUCCACUCUCUUCCUGUCCCUGAUUACGGGGUACCUGCUAUUCCAGCAACCCCGUUCCUGCUCCGCGUGUCCAUCAGCCUUCCGAACCGACCUUCGCGAUGCACAUGCCUAUAUCUUUUAUGAGGAACGUGUGUUCUCGGGGAAGCUUGGAUUCAACGAGGAGCUAGGCAAGGUCUAUCGAGAUAUCGACCGGUCAGAGCCUCAAUAUGUCGGUCCUCCAUCUCCAGAGAUUGAUGGUGCCUGGGCUGAUUUAUUACGAGAUGGCCACAUGGACUUACAAAAUGGCGGAACCCAAGGCGAGUUCGUAAGGAUGACCGACGAAGAAGCGGCGCCAUACACACCAGAGCUCAACAAGGCUCCUUCCUCGGAUUAUUACCACUUUGAACCUGAUAUGUUCCACUCCCUCCACUGUCUCAACGCAAUCCGAAUAGAACUCGACGAGGACUACUAUUCAAAGCAUCCUCAUCCUCACCACGCCGACCUGGAGCAAGCAAUCAGAAAUUCCACGAAUUUCCCGGAUAAUUGGGAUCGAAUCCACCGUGACCAUUGUCUAGAUCAGCUGCGGCAAGCUAUCCAAUGUCAUGGAGAUCUGUCACCGGUCCCUGUGUAUCAUUAUAAUAAUGACAGAGUCGGGCUUGGAGUUGAGCAGGUUCAUACAUGCCGCAAGUGGGAGCCUAUGCGGAAGUGGAUGGAUAUUCGUAAGGCGAACCAGCAAUGA